CCCUCGACGGUCACUAUAACCGACGCAGUACACGACUGCAUCGUUACGCUGCAACAGCAUUAUCAUAAUAUUAAUACAAAGGUUGGUCACCUACGAUCCAUAAUACAUUAUAAUAUAGUACGUUUACAUAGCGUAUGAUUUAAAAAAGUUUGUCGCGAUGACCACUGCCGCCACCGUAGGGUUUAUCGUCGGCUUAUUAUUGAAGACAUCGGUCGCAGUCCAACAGAACGUCUCAUUUCUGAAUGGACUUCCGGAAAACUUCACGUCGGAUGGCGCCAUCGACGUGCAGUACACGUCGUGCAAAGUAAUCACCGACCGUAUCGUGGCCACCGCCGAGGGAAAGUUUUCACGUUUUUGUCACGGAAUUUGCAACAUAAACGAGACAAACGCAAGGCUGCAUCGCAUCGAAACUUUGUUAACAGCAGAUGCGGAAAAUAUAAAACAACGAUUGUUUUAUAUGGAACGUGUUUUGUUGAACGGACAAACCAUAAGCAAAACCGGUGAAGGUGACGCGGUGGACACAGGGAGACUCCGAGAGAUCGGUACGUACAACGGCACAGUGUCCACCACCGAAGAUGGCCCCGCAGCCGGCGGUGGUCGGCCACGGAGCCCGACCACCGCGUUCGUCUACUACUGGCGCGUGGACGCGUUCUGGCGACUGUCGUUCUCACCGGACGGCCUGGCCCGCAGCCCGCCGUUUUACGUGUCGCCCCGCAGCUACCGGAUCUCUCUGACCGUCCACUCAGACGUGACGGCCCGGACCGUCCGCGUGGCCGCAGUGCCGGCCGCCGGCGAGUACGACGCUCAGCUCAGGUGGCCGUUCGCGCACCGUCUCCGGCUCAGCGUACUCGACCAGACGGACGUCGGGCCCGAGGACAUCAUGUCCCGCGUCUGGGACGACGUCCGGUGCGCCGCCACACCACCGGCGCCGCCGACAUCGCAUCAGAACCCGCAGCACUACCGCCAGAACCAGCCCACCCCGGAAGUCGUCUGCGCGUCCAUGGAGUUCCGGCAUGACGUGCUGACGUACAGGCGUUACGCAGCCGGUGACGCGCUCGUCGUCAAGCUGACGGUGUUCUUGCAGCAGUAGCCGCGCACGUGGACGUCCGAUCCCUGUGGUUCAUAUCCACCACCACAACCACCACCCUACCCAUCCAUUGCCGUUUUUUUGUUUUAUUUUUUUCGACCUCGAUCCGCGUGACAGUUCCACCCGACUGAGACAUUUUUUUACAAUUCACAGUUUGUACCCUAUGUACCCCAUCAUCUAUACCCUAUAUUAUAUAACAAUAGUGCCCCGUUUAUACACCUAUAUCAUCGACUUAAUCUGGGUUCACAGCUACGAAGCUGUAUAUCAUGUCGUGUGCCUUUUAUCGUAUUCUGAUUGGCUGUCAAAACCGUGGUAUCGUUUAUUAACUAUACAUGAUCUAUCCGGAAAUUCCAUAGUUGGGCCACACUCGACUAUAUUAGACACGGCAUGAAUGCAGACUUUCACUUCAGUUUGUCAAAUAAAUUGGUCAUAAUAUCCCAACAUAUCCCAAUAUGCGAUCUACCUAGUACCUAUUACCACCGUUUCGUGUACUAGUGUAUUGGUGUGUGUUCUACUAAUAAUAGUUGACUAUAUACUUGGUAUAUCCAUGCAUCAUUAUGAUUUUAACAUUAUUUAUUAUUUUAAACCACAUAUAUAGGUAUAUACAGUAUACCCUAAAUACAUUUUAUUUUUAAAUCUCUCAGUGAUACACAUUUAGUCUUUACAUUUCAUGUAGUGUUAAUAUUAUGAAAUCAAUGAUAUUAUAUUAUAUUUAUGACUUACAGAGAUAACAACAGUCUUGUUGGUCUAGUGUAGUUUGUGGUGUAUGGUUGCGAGUUACUUUCAAUCUACUUUUUAAAAUUACUGUAAAAAAUAAUGUAUUCUUAAAGUUUAAUAUGUUUUAAGCGAGGAAUCAAAUAUCAAACAGUUAUAAAUAAUAAUUAUACCUACACGUUUUUUUAUUUUAUUAACAUUAAAAUCAUAAUUUUUACCUUAACAAUUAUUUAUUUUACGUAAAAUCGCUUAUAAUAAUCUUAUAGAAUGUGUAUUGUAAACUGCAUUAUAAAUUACCACCUAUAAUUUUAUUAUUAUUACGGUGGACCACACAUUUUUGUUGGUGGACCGACUAUUGGGAGAUAGCCAAUUAAUAAACAGGUAUAAUAAUGUGGUAUAUAUUAUAUAUAUAUAUAUGAUCGCUGAAAUGAAUAUAAUAUAAUAUUAUACAAAACGUUCUAUCAAGAUACGAUUUCUAUAUACAUCUAUCGAUCGAACAAAACGCCCAGUAGAAUGUGCUGAUAUAUGCUCACCAGAAUGUUUAGAAAAAAGUGACUAUUAAAUCUUUAUUGACUUUCAUACUGUAUAUCAUAUUAAAUAGUAGACUACCCAAGAUGUCCGGUAGUCUAAUAUUAUAAUAAUUAGCACGGGUUUUUCGAAUUUUUUCAGUUCACACCCUAUUAUGCAUGUACAUUGUACAACCUAUUAU